AUGGAGCGCUUUGAGCAUCGUGUUAUGCGAUGCCUCGACCGCUUAGACCAGGCGGCUGCAUCACAGGGUAUCGAGCUCCCUCCACUUCCAGAGUCUUCCGCCUCUGAUGAGCAGGAUCAGGAGGAGGAGCAUGGUGCGGAGCCGACACAGCAAGAGGCACCACCAAUGACACAGACCACCACUGAGGUCCAGCAGCCUCCUGAGGUCCAGCAUGACAUUCCGGAGCCACAGCCAGUGCCACCUCCAGUCCCACAGCCCGAGCCUGAGCAUGAGCCACAGCCUGAGAUGAUUAAAAAUAAUGAAUCUAUGAAGGCCUUCAAAAGGGCAAGGAAGGCUUCUACAGCUGAAAACAUCUCGGCCAAGGCGGCCGGGGAGGGGUCGUCCCAGGUUCAGUCGAAGCCGGCCGUACCGAGCUCCCCGAGGGCGAGAAAGAUUGGUCCUUAUGGUACCAUCCCUACUGACGACGUCUCUCUUCAGCAUAAAGAUGGCACAUAUGGGAGCUGUUAUGUGGCCAAGUUGGAGAAGGAGCUGGAGGGCGAGAAGGCAAGUUCUGUUGCUUUGGUGGCUUCUGUGAGGUUGGCUAAGGACACGGCAUUGAGGCACAAGCACAGCUAUGUCACAUCCUACCGUGAAGUAAUGCGUCUUAGGGAAGAGUUGGAGUCUGCCCGGGGCAAGAUUGUCCCUGACAACCUUGAUGACGACGAUGUUGAACCUCUGCCUGUGCCGGUUGCCAAAGCCACUGUUGUACCGACUUCUUCAGCUCCUCCUGCUGGGGUUAGUCAUCCCGAGCCCGAGCCUGAUUGUCAGAUAUUGAAUCGAGAUGACAGGACGGUGGAUGCUGUGCCCUUCCAGACUCGUCCUCCUUCGCCCCAUGUUGAUGCAGCUUCCGGGAAACCUCUGGAUCCUCUUUAG